AAACAAUCAACUUCAUCAAUCAAUCAAUCAAGCAAACAAUCAAUCAAUCAAGCGAUUCUUUUUUUGGGUUUAAGAAACGAAAACUACUUCAAAUACUUCAAUUACCUACAAACAUACUCAAGAAGCUGCUGCUGAGACAACGACGAAGGCAAAGCAAAAACAAAAAGUAUUAUUAGUAACUAAACUUAAAAGAAAAACUUCUCAUUAACCUCAUUGAACGGCAGGCCUCAAUAUAAAUAUAUAUAUAUUUCGAAAACAAUAUACAUUAAAAUAGCUCUGGGCAGGUUUAAGGACAACGCUAGCAAAGUAAGAAAACUUAGCAGUUAAUGAAAAAAAAAACUAUAUAAAGAUUUAUAUAAACUAAAAAAAAACUUUGCAACUUGAAGGCUGAAACCAUUUUGAUAACCAUACAAAAGCAGAAAAAAAACAAUAAAUUAAAUAAACAACUUGCAACAAGCGUAAAGAAGAAGAGACUGAUUUUUCUAAAAAAUAAAAAGCUACAACAAGAGGAUAAAAAAACUCAGAGGCAGAGAGAGCAGCAAGUGAUGCAGGAUUAAAUCCAAUUCCAUAUAAAAAAAAAGAGUUAUAUACAUAACGCACACAUACAAAUUCACAAUAAAUAUUUUUGAGCAUAGAUUUGUAUAAGCAACAAUAACGAAUUUUUGAGAAGCGAGCGCUAAAAAUGCUUAAGAAAUUGAAAUGCAUGGAAGCAGCAGCAGCAGCUGCGGCAGCGGCGCAAGCAGCAACAACAACAAGUGGCGCAGCAGCAAAGGCAAUAAAAGCAGAGCCUGUGGAUUAUGAGACGCUGCAGCAGCAGCUGGAGGAGCGGCCAAGCAGCAGCAGCAGCAGCAGCAGCAAUGUGGCAACAGCAGCAGCGACGACGACGCCACAGCGCUACACACACGUGCAAGUGCAAACGGUGGCGCCGCGGCAACCUACAGGACUUACAACACCCGGUGGCACACAGAAAGUGAUACUAACGCCACGCAUUGAGUAUGUGCAACAGCGCGCUGCAAGCAGCAGCAGCAGCAGCGGCAGCAAGCCAAGUUAUCAUUUAGAUGCUGCUGGCAGCUCACAAAUUAUUAUAGCCCGAACGCUGCCGGCGCAGCAGCAGCAGCUGUCGCGUCGUCAUUCGGUUAGUCCAAGCUCCACGCACUAUCAGCAGCAGCAGCAGCAGCAGCAACAUGCGCAGUCGCCGCGUCCGCGCAUCAUCCCGCUGGCGCCGCGCACGCCAGCCGUGCGCGUAUACCGCGACGGUUCGCCUCGAUGA